AUGGGUUCAUCAACUCCUUCAGCGUAUUUUGCUCGAUGUACGGUUGAGAAAACCCUUUCCGAACUUCACACGAAUACCGAAACUGGACUUACUACAAGCGAAGCUCUUUAUAAACAAAAAACUUGUGGUUAUAACGAAUUUGAAGUCGAAGAUGGCGAAUCAGUCAUUAUUAAAUUCUUCAAACAAUUUAUAGAGAACCCACUUAUCUUAUUACUUCUUGGUUCGGCAGCUAUUUCCUUAGUGAUGGGAAACCGUAACGACGCCUUUUCUGUACUUUUAGCGGUAUUAAUUGUCACAACAGUUGGUUUUGUACAAGAGUAUCGGUCUGAAAAGUCAUUGGAAGCACUUAAUAAACUAGUCCCCCAUUUCUGUCAUCUGAAUCGUGAUAACUCGUGGACUACUACUUCGGCGACUGUUUUGGUACCAGGUGACUUGGUUCGCUUCGGUAUCGGAGACAGAAUUCCCGCCGAUGUUCGGAUAAUUUCCGCUACAAGUUUGGAAAUCGAUGAAUCUAAUUUGACUGGUGAAGCCAAAUCACGUUCAAAAAUAACAGAAAUGAUUCCUUUUGAUAAUGGUCAUGGCGAGUUAACAAUACAGGAGCGAAGAAAUAUUGCAUUCAUGGGAACUCUUGUCAGAAAUGGACAUGGACAGGGUAUAGUUGUUGGUACUGGGUCACAGACAGAAUUUGGUGUUGUGUUUUCCAUGGUCAAGGAGGCUGAGACACCAAAAACACCAUUUCAAUUAAGUAUGAAUGAACUUGGGAAAACGUUAUCUUAUUUAUCCGGUGCUAUAAUUGUAGUUAUUGUCUUGAUUGGAAUUCUCCAAGGACGUGAAUGGCUUGAAAUGUUUACUAUUGGAGUAAGUUUGGCUGUGGCCGCUAUUCCUGAAGGACUUCCAAUUGUUGUCGCCGUAACCUUGGGUUUGGGGAUUUUAAGAAUGGCAAAAAAGCAUGCAAUUAUAAAGAAGUUACCUUCUGUAGAAACUCUUGGAUCCGUCAAUGUGAUUUGUGUUGAUAAAACUGGUACCCUAACUGAAAAUGUUAUGACCGUCACAAAGAUAUUUACUUUAGACGAGGAAAAUAUCUUCGAUUUGGAACAUGGGUUACCCACAAAGACCAGUUCUGCUAUGCGUGAAGUUCUUAAAAUUGGUAUGACAUUUAACUACAUUGAUGAAAGGGGAAAGAAAUAUGGACAAGCAACAGAUGUCGCUUUACUUGAUGUUAUAAUAAAAAUGAAUAUGGAAGAUGAUAUAAAGAACUUUUGCCGCAAAUCCGAAAUUCCUUUUAAUUCCGAUCAAAAAUGGAUGUCAGUGACUGGAAGAUAUGAAGGAUCUCAGAUAGAUACAGUUUUCUUUAAAGGGUCCAUUGAAGCAGUUUUGUCAAGAUGUGUAACUUAUUAUGUAUCUGAGACGCAUAAGCCACCAUUGGAUAGUUAUGCAAAAGAAUUGGUGACGCGGCAUGUCACAUCAAUGUCUUCUCAUGGUCUUCGAAUCCUUGGUAUGGCAUCUGGACCUGACAUCACUAACCUUACCUUUGUAGGAUGUGUGGCAAUGUACGAUCCACCAAGAAAAGGAGUUGAUGACGCCAUUCGACAAUUAAUUAGCGGUGGUGUUAAAGUUGUUAUGAUAACAGGAGACUCUGACCAAACUGCACUUUCAAUUGCAAUUAAAUUGGGAAUCCCAGUUAACCCUACAUCAAAGUCAAGCUGUCUUACUGGAAGUGAUAUCGAAAAAAUGAAUGAAGAACAAUUGAAAGAUGUUAUUGGUAAUAUUUCGGUUUUUGCAAGAACAGCACCUAAACAUAAAAUGGCAAUAGUUCAGGCUCUACAGUCAAAUGGUGCAAUUGUGGCCAUGACAGGAGACGGCGUAAACGAUGCACCAGCUUUAAAAAUAGCUGAUAUAGGUAUUUCAAUGGGUAAAAGUGGCACAGAUGUUUCCAGAGAAGCCGCUGAUAUAAUAUUGAUAAAUGACGAUUUCACGACUAUUUUAGACGCAGUAAAAGAAGCAUUGACACUAAUAACGAUUUCUACAAUUUCGGGAUUACAAAAUCCUUUAAAUGCCAUGCAGAUUUUAUGGAUAAAUAUAUUAAUGGAUGGUCCACCUGCACAAUCCCUUGGAGUUGAGCCUGUUGAUGAAGACGUAAUGCGCCAACCACCCAGGAAAAAGAAUGCACCAAUACUUACUUCGGCAUUAAUUAUGAGGGUGUUGACUUCGGCAGCUGUUAUUGUUGCUGGUACAUUAUUUAUAUACGUUAAGGAAAUGCGCGACGGUAUUGUCACAGCUCGGGAUACGACUAUGACAUUCACAUGUUUUGUCUUAUUUGACAUGUUUAAUGCUUUGAGUUGUCGUUCGGAGAAAAAAUCAAUUUUGGAAUUGGGUCUAUUUUCAAAUACGAUGUUUAAUUUCGCAGUUCUUGGUUCAUUGAUCGGACAAUUGUGUGUUAUUUAUAUUCCAUUUUUCCAAGCAAUUUUUCAAACAGAAGCCCUAACUUAUUCAGAUAUGUUUUCGCUUAUCUUAUUGACAUCAUCAGUAUUUUGGAUCGAUUCAAUUCGUAAAUAUUAUCAAAAACAAAAAAACAAAUUAAAAGAAGAAAGCAUAGAAAUGAGAAUGGUGUAA